CCCUUCGCCCGUGACUCCUCCCUCCCCUUCCCGCUCUGUCCCAGGACUGACAUCACGCCCGGGGUUUCCAUCGGACGAGGGGAGGGGAGGGGGUGAAGGAAAGAGGAGGAGGACGUUGUACGGAGCGGCUGCGGCAGCGUGAUGGCGGCGGCGGCCGGGAGGACUUAAAGCAACGGCGUCGCGCGCCCGCUCACCUCGGGCUCGCGGGGUGGUUUUUUUAACCCAUUCUCUUCCCUCCCGUCGCGCUCUUCCCUAUUAAGCCGCUUCUCUCUGUUUCUGCGAGGGCUCGGGCUGCUUCUCCCUCCCUCCCUCCCUUUUUUCCCCCCGGGUAGGCCAAGAGGGAGGGCCAGAGAAGCGGCAGAGGGAAGAGAAGAGAGGGAAGAGAUCCCGGCAGGCCCCGGAGCGCUCCUUCCUUCCUUCCUCCUCGAGGCCCGGCUGCAGCGCUCUCCCCCUCGCUGACUCCUCAGGAGAGGCCCAGGCAGGCCUGGCGGGUAACUUGGGAAAAACAAUUAACCGCUGAAGUUACAUGUGAAAUAUCUGAAGAGCAAGGAAAACGACUCUCUUAAGUGGACUUUUCAUAUCCAGCUUCCAAACUGGAAGAACUUUAUUUAUAUUUUUAUUUUGGUAAAUAUUUACAAUGAAUGGGCACAGUGAUGAAGAAAGUGCAAGGAACAGUAGUGGAGAAUCAAGCCAGUCAGAUGAUGAUUCUGGUUCAGCAUCAGGUUCUGGAUCUGGUUCAAGUUCUGGAAGCAGUAGCAAUGGAAGUAGCAGCCAAUCGGGAAGCAGCGAUUCAGACUCUGGUUCAGAGUCUGGCAGUCAAUCAGAAUCUGAGUCUGAUACAUCUAAGGAAAAGAAAGUCCAGGCUAAACCUCCAAAGGUUGAUGGAGCUGAGUUUUGGAAAUCAAACCCAAGUAUUCUGGCUGUACAGAGAUCAGCAAUGCUCAGGAAACAGCAGCAGCAGCAGCAGCAGUCAAAAGCAGCAUCCUCAAACAGUGGCUCAGAAGAGGAUUCAUCAAGUAGUGAAGAUUCUGCCGAUGACUCAUCCAGUGAAAUCAAGAGGAAGAAACAUAAAGAUGAAGACUGGCAAAUGUCUGGGUCAGGGUCUGUCUCUGGAACUGCUUCAGAUUCUGAUUUGGAAGAAAGCAGAGAUAAAAGCAGUUGUGAAGAGAGCGAAUCUGACUAUGAGCCAAAAAACAAAGUCAAGAGCAGGAAGCCUCCAAGCAGAAUAAAGCAAAAAAGUGGAAAGAAAAGUGGGGGGCAGAAGAAAAGGCAGCUUGACUCAUCAGAUGACGACGAUGACGAUUAUGAUAAAAGAGGAUCUCGCCGCCAGGCAACAGUAAAUGUUAGUUACAAAGAAGCUGAAGAAGCAAAGACAGAUUCAGAUGAUCUGCUGGAAGUCUGUGGAGAAGAUGUCCCACAACCUGAAGAAGAUGAAUUUGAGACAAUUGAAAAAUUUAUGGAUAGCCGCAUUGGACGAAAAGGAGCAACUGGUGCUACAACCACUAUCUAUGCAGUUGAAGCUGAUGGAGAUCCAAAUGCAGGAUUUGAUAAAGCAACAGAACCUGGUGACGUGCAGUACUUGAUUAAAUGGAAAGGUUGGUCUCACAUCCAUAACACUUGGGAAACUGAAGAAACCCUGAAACAGCAGAACGUUAAAGGAAUGAAGAAACUGGACAACUAUAAGAAAAAGGAUCAAGAAACAAAACGGUGGUUAAAAAAUGCUUCUCCAGAAGAUGUGGAAUAUUAUAACUGCCAGCAAGAACUCACAGAUGAUUUGCACAAACAGUAUCAAAUAGUAGAAAGAAUAAUUGCUCAUUCAAAUCAGAAGUCAGCAGCAGGUUAUCCAGAUUAUUAUUGUAAAUGGCAGGGUCUCCCUUACUCAGAAUGCAGCUGGGAAGAUGGUGCUCUCAUUGCAAAAAAAUUCCAGUCACGCAUUGACGAGUAUUUUAGCAGAAAUCAAUCCAAGACAACUCCUUUUAAGGACUGUAAGGUUUUAAAGCAGAGGCCAAGGUUUGUGGCCCUCAAGAAACAACCAUCUUACAUUGGAGGGCAUGAAGGUUUAGAGCUAAGAGAUUAUCAGUUAAAUGGACUGAACUGGUUAGCUCACUCUUGGUGCAAGAGCAACAGUUGCAUUCUUGCAGAUGAAAUGGGCUUGGGCAAAACGAUACAAACUAUCUCCUUUCUGAAUUAUUUGUUUCAUGAACACCAGUUAUAUGGACCUUUCUUGCUGGUAGUACCACUUUCCACUUUGACAUCUUGGCAAAGAGAAAUCGAGAUAUGGGCUCCCCAGAUGAAUGCUGUAGUUUAUCUGGGGGAUAUUACUAGCAGAAAUGUGAUAAGAACACAUGAAUGGAUGCAUCUGCAGACCAAAAGAUUGAAAUUUAACAUCCUUCUGACAACUUACGAAAUUUUACUGAAGGAUAAGUCAUUCCUUGGUGGUCUGAACUGGGCAUUUAUUGGAGUAGAUGAAGCCCAUCGAUUAAAAAAUGAUGAUUCCCUCCUGUACAAGACGUUAAUAGACUUCAAGUCCAAUCAUCGUCUCCUUAUCACUGGAACACCUCUGCAAAACUCCCUGAAAGAGCUUUGGUCCUUGCUGCACUUCAUCAUGCCAGAUAAGUUUUCUUCUUGGGAAGAUUUUGAAGAGGAACAUGGGAAAGGAAGGGAAUUUGGCUAUGCAAGUCUUCACAAAGAACUCGAACCAUUUCUAUUAAGGAGAGUUAAGAAGGACGUAGAAAAAUCCCUUCCUGCCAAGGUUGAACAAAUUUUAAGAAUGGAGAUGAGUGCAUUGCAAAAGCAAUAUUAUAAGUGGAUUUUAACUAGGAAUUACAAAGCCUUAAGUAAAGGUUCAAAGGGCAGUACCUCAGGCUUUCUGAAUGUCAUGAUGGAGCUCAAAAAGUGUUGCAAUCAUUGCUACCUCAUUAAACCACCAGAUGAUAAUGAAUUCUAUAUUAAACAGGAGGCCUUACAGAAUUUAAUCCGGAGUAGUGGGAAGCUCAUUCUUUUAGACAAGCUGCUGAUUCGCUUACGAGAACGUGGCAGCAGAGUGCUUAUAUUUUCUCAAAUGGUGCGGAUGCUGGACAUCCUUGCUGAAUAUUUGAAAUAUCGUCAGUUUCCCUUUCAGAGGCUAGAUGGGUCAAUAAAAGGAGAACUGAGGAAACAAGCACUGGACCAUUUUAAUGCAGAAGGUUCUGAGGACUUCUGCUUUUUACUGUCUACCAGAGCUGGAGGUCUAGGUAUAAACUUGGCAUCUGCAGAUACUGUUGUUAUAUUUGAUUCUGACUGGAACCCUCAGAAUGAUCUGCAAGCACAGGCUAGAGCUCAUAGGAUUGGGCAGAAGAAACAGGUAAACAUUUAUCGGCUAGUCACUAAAGGAUCUGUAGAGGAAGAUAUCCUGGAAAGAGCCAAGAAGAAAAUGGUUUUAGAUCACCUUGUCAUUCAGAGAAUGGACACUACAGGAAAGACUGUGCUGCAUACAGGUUCUGCACCUUCUAGCUCUACUCCUUUUAACAAAGAGGAGCUGUCAGCUAUUUUAAAGUUUGGUGCUGAGGAACUUUUUAAGGAACUGGAAGGUGAAGAACAGGAACCACAAGAAAUGGACAUAGAUGAAAUCUUGAAGAGGGCUGAAACACGGGAAAAUGAAACUGGCCCAUUAAGUGUAGGAGAUGAAUUGCUUUCCCAAUUUAAGGUGGCGAAUUUCUCCAAUAUGGAUGAAGAUGACAUUGAACUGGAGCCUGAACAAAAUUCAAGGAACUGGGAAGAAAUCAUUCCAGAGGUCCAUAGGAGAAGAUUGGAAGAAGAGGAAAGGCAAAAGGAACUAGAAGAAAUUUAUAUGCUACCCAGAAUGAGAAACUGUGCAAAACAGAUCAGCUUCAAUGGAAAUGAAGGCAGACGUAGUAGAAACAGAAGGUAUUCUGGAUCAGAUAGUGACUCUAUCUCAGAAAGAAAACGACCCAAAAAACGUGGAAGACCACGGACUAUUCCACGGGAAAACAUUAAAGGAUUUAGUGAUGCAGAGAUUCGGCGGUUUAUCAAGAGUUACAAGAAAUUUGGGGGACCUCUUGAAAGGUUAGAUGCCAUAGCAAGAGAUGCCGAAUUAGUCGAUAAAUCUGAGACAGACCUCAGACGGCUUGGAGAGCUGGUACAUAAUGGAUGUAUCAAGGCUUUAAAGGACAUCUCAUCUGCACAAGAAAGAGCAGGGGGCAGACUUGGAAAAGUUAAAGGCCCUACGUUCCGAAUAUCGGGAGUGCAGGUAAAUGCAAAACUAGUCAUCUCACAUGAAGAAGAGCUGGAACCGUUGCAUAGAUCCAUUCCUUCCGAUCCAGAGGAAAGGAAGAGAUACACCGUUCCUUGUCACACUAAGGCUGCUCAUUUUGAUAUAGACUGGGGCAAGGAAGAUGACUCUAAUCUUCUAAUAGGCAUCUAUGAAUAUGGAUAUGGUAGUUGGGAAAUGAUCAAAAUGGACCCAGAUCUCAACUUGACACACAAGAUUCUACCAGAUGAUCCAGAUAAGAAACCCCAAGCCAAACAGUUGCAGACCCGUGCGGACUACCUCAUAAAAUUACUCAGUAAGGAUCUUGCAAGGAAGGAAGCACAAAGACUAUCUGGGGCAGGAGGCUCAAAAAGAAGGAAAAUGAGAACUAAGAAGAGUAAGACCAUAAAAGCAGCAAAAAUUAAGGAGGAGACAAAGAGUGAUACAUCACCACCACCUUCAGAUAAGUCUGAGGAAGAAGAAGAGGAAGAUAGUAAGGAUGAAAUGGCUGCAGUAAAACAUCCAAGCAAAAAGAUAAAAGUAGAAAAAGAAAAUGAAGAAAAAUCUGAUGCAGAUAUUGUCCUGAAGAAGGAGGCUGAUGACAAAAGAGAGGCCAAGGAAAACAAGAGGGAGCUGAAAAGGGAGAGAAAAGAAAAAGAGGACAAAAAAGAAUUCAGGGAAAAAGAUGCAAAAGAGAAGAAGGAAAGUAAAGCAAAAGAGUACAUGCAGAGAGAGAAAGAAGUAAAAGAAGAGAAGAUGAAUGAGUCCAAAUCUGAAAGCAAAGACAAAAGCAAGAAAUCUCCUUCGGCAGACACACCUGUUCAUAUAACAGCAAGUAGUGAGCCAGUUCCUAUAUCUGAAGAAUCUGAAGAACUGGAUCAGAAGACAUUCAGUAUUUGUAAAGAACGAAUGAGGCCUGUCAAAGCAGCAUUGAAACAGCUGGAUAGACCAGAGAAAGGACUUUCAGAAAGGGAACAACUGGAACAUACUAGACAGUGUCUUAUCAAAAUUGGAGAUCAUAUUACGGAGUGUCUAAAAGAGUACACAAAUCCUGAACAAAUAAAGCAGUGGCGAAAAAACCUGUGGAUUUUUGUUUCCAAGUUUACAGAAUUUGAUGCCAGAAAGCUACACAAAUUGUACAAACAUGCAAUUAAAAAACGCCAAGAAACACAGCAGCACAAUGACCAGAAUAUCAGCAGCAGUGUGAAUACACCUUUGAUUAGAAAUCCAGCAGAUGUGGAACGCCUAAAAGAGAAUACGAAUCAUGACGAUAGUAGCAGAGACAGCUAUUCCUCUGACAGACACUUAUCACAAUAUCACGAUCAUCACAAAGACAGACUUCACAGUGAUACCUACAAGAAAAGUGACUCUAGGAAAAGGCCUUAUUCCACCUUCAGCAAUGGAAAAGAUCAUAGAGAUUGGGAUCACUAUAAACAGGAUAGCAGAUACUACAGUGAUGGAAAGCACAGAAAGCUAGAUGACCAUAGGAACAGAGAUCACAGGUCCAGUCUGGAAGGAAGCUUAAAAGACAGUCGGUCACACUCAGAUCAUCGGAUACACUUAGACCAUCGAUCCAGUUCAGACUACAGCCAUCAUAAAUCUUCGAGGGACUAUAGGUAUCACUCGGACUGGCAAAUGGACCACAGAGCUUCCAGCAGCGGUCCUAGGUCACCAUUAGAUCAGAGAGCUUAUGACUCCAGAUCUCCCUUAGGGCACAGAUCUCCUUUUGAACAUUCAUCAGAUCACAAAAGUACACCGGAACACAUGUGGAGUAGCCGGAAGACAUAGCAAAGACUAACAUUUCCUGGACUUUCCCCCCGCCCCCCAAUACACAAUAAACUAACACAGCAAUUGCCUUACAUGACUUGAAAGACAUGGACCGUAUGUGCUAUGAGUAGCAGUAUUGUUACUACUUUCCAGUAUGCUAGGUCUAUUAUCCCAACAGAAGAGAAAAUAUUUUUGUAUUUAAAGUUUUAAUGCUGCACUGUGCUACAAAUGUUGUAGUGCAUUUUUUUAAAGAAAAUAUGUUUACUUUUUACAGGGACCUCAACACUGCCCCACUCAGACUGGAUCUUAAUCUGAACUCCUCCUCAUCGAAGUGGUUUUAUUUUGAACACAAUUUAAAUUAUGUUUUUAGAUGAGCAUUUACAUGUUGACCUGUGAUCAUAUUUCAGGAAAGAAUCAAGAGGUUGUUUUUUUUAAAAAAAAUAAAGAUUCAAGGACUCUGUUCACUUUCCAAAGCUACUUGUUUACAUUGUACACUGCGACCACCUUGCCGCUUUUUCAUCACAAGCUUGAAUAUUUAAAUUCUGUACCUACAAUUGUAAAAUAGCCACAUGUUCCCCAGUUUGAUCAGUUGUAAUGCCCUUUUGCAAAAUGGCUGUAAAUUAUUGUAAAUUAAUUAAUUAAGCUCCUCCUCCUCCCCCCAGACAUUUCCGUUCAGACUUGGCCUACCUUCCUCAAAUGUGAAAAAAUAUUAAUUUCUAAAAUAAAAUAUCUGAUGCGGAGUCAUUGUUCAGACUAAAACUGAGAAAAAGUAACCUCUUUACCAUAGCUAUAUAAUAAGAUAUUUUAUUUAAAUUAUUGGUUCGCCUUUAAAAAACUAAGAUUCUGCUUCUUUGAUGUUGUACUGUGAGAACUUCGAGUGAUGCUUGGAUUUUGUUUUUAUAACAUAAACAAAUCUCACUAAGUGAGCAUGGAUUUGAAGAUUGCACAUGCAUAGUCAUUUCAAUUAAUGUUUAAACAUUGGCCAUCACAAUUUCAAUUAGUUUGAGAUAAUUCAUUUUAGCAAGACUAAGCAGUACAUAGUUCCUUUAGAUUUCUAUUUCUGCUGUUCCCCAAGGACUGAGAUUGACAACUUGUUCAGUACCAAAAUUCAACUUUGAAAUGUAUGCUGAAUCAGAGGACCCUAGCUGAUGUUUUUACUUUACCCUCGGUAUCAAUUUAUAAAUAUGCUUUCUGGUUUGAUACAGCAAUUUUACUGUAUUCAUGCUACUUAAAGGUCAACUGAAUAUUUAAAAGCAUAUGUAGUCACCAUAGUAGUAAUCUUCUAAAGCACUACGGAAGUGAGUAAUUUCGCUUACUGCCUUUUGAACUGGGCAAUUUCUUGGGUGCUGUUUUCAGGGCUCUGUUCAUUGCUACAGUUCAGCUUGCAUGGAAAGGUUUUUUCGAUUAUCCAUAAUUUUAAUUCUAAAUGUUUCAGUUUAAAGAAUUAAAUUAGGGCACUAAUUCAACCAAAGGGGGUGUAGCAGCUAGGGCUGUGUGUGGCUUUCUUUAAAAAAAACAUUCAAGGGUUAAAACAACCACUUGUGCACAGCCCCCAAAUACUGGAUCAGGCCAAGGAACUGUUAUCUGCACGCUGCUUCCUGUAUGCAUAUGGUCCCAGAUGACAUGGAUGCUUACCAUUAUGGAACAGGCACGUUCCAGAAUUAACUUACCGGAGCAAGAAGAAGACUACACCCCAGAUGUUUCACUACUAUGCUAUAAAUAUGGAGACUCAAGCAAAGAGGCGGGGGGGGGGGGUUCCCUGCUUCUAAUUCUGGAAGACAGUGACCAAGUCCUGGCAGAUGAGUAUUUUGAGUUUUGUUCUGGACGGCUUGUGUUUACAUCCUUGCUGAAUUAUGAAUAUACUGAAUAGUCUUGGGCCCUUUCAAGUUCAUGCUUGUGAAAUAGGAGUAAGAGUGACACUAGAAGCUCAUGAAGUUGAGAAAUGCUGUAUGAAGGGUUUAGCAGGGGUGCUGUGCCAGCUAUAUAGUGAAUAUAAGAUGACAUACCAUCCUCAGUUGUCCCUGUGUUUUAAUGCACAUGGAGUAUGUGUAUGCAGCAAACUGGAUUCAGAAUGUUCCGUCAAGCUACUGAAGGGGUUUGGCUUCUUCUACUGCUGAUGCAUUUUAAUUUAACUGCUGAUUUAGUGAGGGAGUCGCCUCAUUCAGUUCCUCAGCCACUGCUGAUGAGAUGGAUGGAAUUUCUUGAGUGCUUAAAGCCUGAAAAUAUUUGUCAUUAGCUGAGACUAAUGGGCAAAUCUUGACUUAUUCAGACUCAAAAUUCCUACGUCUUGGAUUCACAGGUUCUUGCAAGCCGCUGUUUUUCACUGACCUGCAGUUUGAUGAGCCAUGAUUGUGUUGGCAACAGGUGAACUUUGGUAAAUUCAGCACCGAUUCAGUCACAGAUUCAGCAACCUGACGGGGGGGGACCGGGAUAUCGAAAUGAUUUAUUCCAAGUGAAACCAUGAACAAAGAAAAGCUACAAAGAAAAGCAUAAAACCAACUGAGGUGCGUAAUUUUGAAGUCAAUUUUAUCUAUACUCCUUGAAUGGAGAGGACAGGAUGUUUGGGGAGUUCACUGAAGGCGAGCAGUUACACAAGGAAUUGGCUGCAGGAGGGUUUGUCGGAUGGUACCAAGAAUUCUCCAUCUCUUGGGAGAAUGGAUGAAACUAGCCCAGGCUAACUUGCUUGUAGUGUCACAAGCAGAACAGCAGGUGGCGGUAGUGAUAGGGCAGUUAAGCUGUGGCUUGCCAUCUUUGAAAUGCUGGGGGAAGAGCAUUUUAUUUGCCUAAACCUUUAAAGACUUUUCUACUUGUUUUCAUAAUUUUUCUACUUGUUUUCAUAAUUUUGUUGAUUUUAAAUUCUUACGUUGCUCUGGGAGUCCGAGCCAAAAAGCUGGUUGUUAUGAUUUGGCAACAAUGCAAACUUUGGAUGGUAGCGCUGUGAUUAUUGCAAAGUGAAAUUGGAGAUUCCCCGGGAGAUCUUGCGAUCUUUAAGAAUGUGAAGGAAUCCAAUGUUCUUGCUGAGCAGAAUGCAGUUGGACAGAGUCAAAAACAACAGGAGUCACAGAUGUGUUAAAGCAUGCAUUACAUCGAACUAUAAAUGGACGUUGGGGAAAUGAUCUGAAUUGCUACAAAUGUUUUAGAACCAAUGGCCUAUCUC